AAUAUUUUCAGAAUUUCUAAAUCCUACAGUCCUACUAGUUGAAUCCUACUUGCAGCCAAACAAAAGCAGGUGUUAGGGAUUUAGGACAAAACGCUUCCGUGCUCCCGGAGAUGAUUCGAAUUGCGUGCUCUAGGGACGCAGGGAGCUCAAAUUAUUCUUCCUAAUCCCUAACUGAUAGGAACUGGCAACUCGUUUCCAUCCUCUUCGCAUCAUUUAUUGGUAAUAGCUGAAAUGCAAGUUAAAUUCUUGGCUUGUCAUGGGAAUCUCUGAAGCGUUUGGAGUUGUGGGAUUUACUUUCUUCUUCGCUGCUGUUUGUCUCAAAGACUCGAGCUUUAAGCUAAUUCCUUUAUCACUUCUGUACAGCUCAUUCAUUGCCAGCCUAGUUUUGGUUGCUUCUCUCCCUGUCAAAAAUUUUCCUUUGAUAUUAGGGAAAGCCUCCAACGGGAAAUUUCCUUUAUGGUCAAAAAUUCUGUACUUUCCAUUCUUUUUUCUUGUUCUAUUAUAUGUUUUCCUUAAGAGGUUGAAGAGAAGGGAACCUAUUUAUAAUGAAAUUUCAGAAGGUUUUUUUGUUGGAGGGUGGCCUUCUUCUAAGAAACAUUUACCACCUGGAGACCCUGCAGUUAUUGAUUGUACUUGUGAACUGCCUAGAAGUUCUUUCAUCUCAGAGGAUUCAUACUUAUGUGUGGCGACUUGGGAUACAAGAGCACCACUACCAACUGAAAUUGAAACUGCAGUUCGCUGGGCAAGCAAAAUGAGGGCUCAAAAGAAGCCAAUUUAUGUCCACUGUGCAUUUGUCCAUGAAACAGGCCAUGGCAGGAGUGUCUGCGUGAUGUGCGCCGUUUUGGUUACAUUGGGAGUGGCAGAAGACUGGAAAGCUGCUGAAAAGCUUGUGCGAGAAAAACGGCCGAAGAUUAGAAUGAAUGUGCUCCAUCGAAAACAUUUGGAGGAAUGGUCGAAACUGACACAUUUUUCUAACGGAGAACAUAAUGAUCCAUUGUCAGCCACCUCUGGUGCUUUUGUGCAACAAUGAUCUGUAAAAGCACUCAGGAUAUUCUGUUUUGGCAUUCGGAGUGGAUAUGCAAUGGAGCUUACCUUUGAUCUGGAUUCUCCGAAGAGUGGAAAAGUUCUCUCCGAUGUGCAUCUGAAUUUGAGGCCUUAAUGUCAAGGUGAAAAGUCUACAUUUUUAUACUUAUUUUCAAAUUUGAGAACUUCAUGUCAAGGCCUUCACAAGCUUGUCAUAUUUCUUCUAUGCAAGCCCCAUUUUUUGUUAGCUUUUCGUUCUUUGGAAGUUAUUUGAACUUAAGUGAACUGAAAGUUUGGGGUGUUUGCCAAACGCUAAAAUGCUUGAUUCCAAGUUAUAUUAUUUUGAAAGAUUUGCAUACA